GCAAUAUUAAUUUUAGCCUAUAGUAUACUUUGCGUAGUGUCCAUAUUUGGAAAUACAUUGGUGUGUUACGUCAUCUGCAAGAACAAACGUCUGCAUACGGCGACGAACUAUUUCAUUGCGAAUCUAGCCAUAUCGGAUCUAUUGGUGACGUGUGUAAACGUUCCAUUUAAUAUUGCAAGGAAUAUUUUGGAUGAUUGGCCGUUUGGUAUCGUUCUUUGUCAGCUUGUGAACUUCUCCUUAAUGACUUCAGUGUACGUUUCCACUUAUACGCUAACGGCUAUUGCUUUGGAUAGGCACCGAGUUGUCCUUAAACCGUUCACGACCAGAAUGUCGAAAACAGCCGCUGCCGUUAUACUGAUUGCGAUCUGGGUCGUCGCCGUAACGUUAUCCUUACCAUACGGCAUCUUCAACACCGUCAAGGAAGUGAAAUUUUUUGUGUCGUCUGCUCAGAGAUGCUCGUCUGAAUUUCCCGAACCGAAGAUAUUCUUUGAAAAAUAUUUGACAUUGGCUACAAUUUGUUUGCAGUAUGUUCUUCCUUUGACAUUAAUUGGAAUCGCAUACGGUCGAAUUGUGAGAAAACUGUGGGCGAGAACACAUGUCGGAGCUGUAACUCACACGCAGCAGAUUUCACAAGCGAAAGCUAAAAAGAAAAGUAUAAAACUAUUGAUAACCGUUGUGAUAGUGUUUGCUUUGUGUUGGUUGCCUUUAAACUUAUAUCAUUUACUAACGGACCUGCAUCCAGACCCGGCAGUGUUCCCUUAUAACAGUAACGCAUUCUUUAUCUGUCAUUGGGUCGCUAUAUCAAGCACGUGUUUCAACCCGUUUAUAUACUGUUGGUUGAAUGAGAUAUUCAGAGAGGAGCUUUUAGCAAAACUUCGUUGGUGUUUGAAACGAUCU